GAAAAGCUUGGCGAUAUUUGUUUCUCAUUACGUUAUGUACCGACCGCUGGCAAAUUAACCGUUGUCAUAUUGGAAGCUAAAAACUUGAAAAAGAUGGACGUUGGUGGAUUGUCUGAUCCAUAUGUGAAAAUUGCCAUUAUGCAAAAUGGAAAACGUUUGAAAAAGAAGAAGACAAGUAUCAAAAAAUGCACCCUCAACCCCUAUUAUAAUGAGUCGUUCUCAUUUGAAGUACCAUUUGAACAAAUACAAAAAAUCUGUUUGGUUAUCACUGUCGUGGAUUAUGAUCGUAUCGGUACUUCUGAGCCCAUAGGACGUUGUAUACUUGGCUGUAUGGCUACCGGCACUGAAUUGCGACAUUGGUCCGAUAUGUUGGCCUCACCACGACGACCUAUUGCACAGUGGCAUACUCUGAAAGAUCCCGAGGAAACCGAUGAAAUUCUUAAAAAUAUGAAGUAAGAAGUUUUAAAUAAACUAAACUAACAACAACAACAAGAACAACAACAGCAAAAACAAACCACACAAAUAUUCAUGGGAAAUGCAAAAAAAAAAAAA